UGGCUGUCCGCCCUCGACCGACAAAUCCCGACCAACCAGCGCCGGCCCCGACACUCCCCGCCCAGCACUCGACACUCACGAACUCGCACGCUCGACGCUCGACGCUCGAUACAGCGCCGCAUCCACCACUCCACCGCACGCCAUGUCGCUCUCGCUCCUCCGCUCCGCCCCCCUGCGUGCCGGCCUCGGCGUGCGCCCGCUCCACACCACCCGCGCCGUCGCCGUGCAGGCUUCGCGCGCUGCGCGCGACCGCGCCAUCUCAGCCGACGAGACCGGUGGCUUCAAGUACAUCGCUGGCGGCCCCAUUAUCAAGGGCACCGUCAACGACGCCGUGGCGUACCCCGCGCCCAACAAGGCGCACGGCUCGUACCACUGGGCCUUUGAGCGUCUGCUCUCGGCCUCGCUUGUGCCGCUGACCAUCGCGGCCGGCGUGACUUCGCCCACUGCCCACCCCGUCCUCGACGGCGUGCUCGGCCUUGCCCUCCUCUCGCACUCGUACAUCGGCUUCAUGGCCUGUAUCGACGACUACGUGCACGAGCGCAAGUUCGGCGCCCUCGGCACCCUCUGCCGCUGGCUCCUCCGCUUCGGCACCUUUGGCGCCGCGUACGGCAUCUACGAGUUCAACACCAACGACAUCGGCCUCACCGAGUUCGUCGAGAAGGCGUGGAAGGCCUAAGGCGCCCGACACUGGGGCUCAAAAUGGUGUACAGUAGGACAUGCAGCACUAUCAAGUACGCGCGGGGCACGAGUGUUCAGUUUGACAGUUGACGAGGUUGUGGUUGGCUGAGUAGGACCAAAGAUAAGUCUGCCGCAUCUAAAUGUGCCUCAUUUGUCUCGUCGCCAUGUAAACUGCGCAACCUUUAGCCCAAACACGACACUGCGUAUGCUACAACAUAACAGGACUAGAAUGCCAUUAUUGCCCAGCUCCC